AUGGGUGUGUAUCUGUUUAUUACCAGAACUGAUAUUAAAGAUUUAUUGAAUUUAGCUUUAAAAAACAGUUAUUUUCAAUUUAAUGGUAAAUUUUAUAAACAAAAAAUAGGUUUAACUAUGGGUAAUACAUUAUCACCAAUAUUGGCUGACAUUUAUAUGGACGAUUAUCAACAACAACAUCUACAUCAAGUCAACAGCCCAAAUAAAAUCUGGAGAUAUGUUGAUGAUGUUUUGAUCAUCACAAUUAUGAAUCAAGUCAUGGAAAAUUCAUUAAAACAAAUAUUGUUAAAACAUGACUACAAGAUUUUAGAAAAAACACAAGAUGAUCAUGAUAAAGAAGAAGAUUUAAAUAAAUUAAAAAACAUGUUAUUAAAAUUAAAAUUAUCCAUUAAAAUAAAUUGA